GCCUCAUCACUCUCCAUGGAGGAGCAAAAAUGCUCAAGAGGCAAUUCUGUAUGCUGAAAGCCCAGGGAAGGCUCCCACUGGACCUCCCUCUGAGACCAAUGAAGGCCUGGCUCCUGGCAGGGAAAAGAGUCUUCCUGGAGCGUGAGGCAGAGACAUGGAAGAGAUGGAGGAAGGUCUCUGUAGCUGAAUUGACUUGGGAUGCAAAGAGGGGCCUGGAAUUACAGGAAACAGAGACAGAGAUAGUUAUCCUGCUCAGUGGCCAGAGAGUUCAGGAUGAAUUAAGGAUACCAAAUGUCAUCGUGGACACUGCGCCCGACGGAGACAUCCAGCUUCUGAAAGAGGAGCGUUGGAAGUUGAACUUCUUGCACCUAAAGGAUGAGACAUGCCUGGCCACUGAGCUCUCUGAGCUUUAUGGACAUUCUGAGACCUCUUCAAAGGAAACUCUAAUUGAAGAGAAAAGACCAAAGACCAAGUGCCCGGCCAGUGUCGCUGGGGCUGCUGACAUUGACAACACCAACGAGGAGGCUUCAGUGGAGUCUCCGAAUAACAAUGUGGUGGAUGUCCAGGCUGAACCGCUGGCCCUGGUCGGUGUGGAGAAAGAGGCUGCUGGAGAUGGAAAGGUCCUCAGCAAGGUGGUGAAGCCCAAAGUGUGGCUGAAGGAGGGUUGUAAAGUUCAGCUAACCCGAAAAUUCUAUGAUAUGAUUGCGGAACUACCAAAGGUAAGGAACAAGAAGCCUGUUUCUCCUAUUUCGGAUCCACCGAGAGCCUUCCUGAGGUGUGCAGCAGAGGUCCUGAGGCCUCAAACGCGAGUGGAAGAGGUGUGCAGUGACACGAAGAAGACAGAGUGUACUGGAAAUCAUCUGAAAACGGGAAAUGGCCUAUGCAAGGUUGUGCAGCUAUCCACUGAGAGCCGUCCUGAGGUGUGCAGCAGUCCUGAGGUGUGCAUCAGAGUGCCUGAGGUGUUCAGUGGAGGUCCCGAGGUAUGCAGUGGAGUGCCUGACAUGUGCAGUGGAGUGCCUGAAGUGUUCAAUGGAGGUCCUGAGGUGUGCAGGGGAAGUCCUGAGGUGUUCAGUGAGGUGCCUGAGGCACCAAACGCAGUGGAAGAGGUGUCCAGUGACAAAAAGAAGACAGCGGCUGCUGAAAACCUUCUGGACACUGAAAAUGUCCUUAGCAAGGUGGUGAACCCCAAAGGGUGGCUGAAGGAGGGCUGGGAAGAUCAGCUGCACCGAGACUUCACUAAUAUGAUUGCAAAACUCCCAAAGUCCUAUUUCGGAUCCACCGAGAGCCUUCCUGAGGUGUGCAGCAGAGGUCCUGAGGCCUCAAACGCAGUGGAAGAGGUGUGCAGUGACACAAAGAAGACAGAGUCUACUGGAAACCAUCUGAAAACGGGAAAUGGCCUAAGCAAGGUGGUGCAGCUAUCCACUGAGAGCCGUCCUGAAGUGUGCAGCAGUCCUGAGGUGUGCAUUAGAGUGCCUGAGGUGUUCAGUGGAGGUCCCGAGGUAUGCAGUGGAGUGCCUGACAUGUGCAGUGGAGUGCCUGAAGUGUUCAAUGGAGGUCCUGUGGUGUGCAGGGGAAGUCCUGAGGUGUUCAGUGAGGUGCCUGAGGCACCAAACGCAGUGGAAGAAGUGUCCAGUGACAAAAAGAAGACAGCGGCUGCUGAAAACCUUCUGGACACUGAAAAUGUCCUUAGCAAUGUUGUGAACCCCAAAGGGUGGCUGAAGGAGGGCUGGGAAGAUCAGCUGCACCGAGACUUCACUAAUAUGAUUGCAAAACUCCCAAAGUCCUAUUUCAGAUCCACCGAGAGCCUUCCUGAUGUGUGCAGCAGAGGUCCUGAGGCCUCAAACGCAGUGGAAGAGGUGUGCAGUGACACAAAGAAGACAGAGUCUACUGGAAACCAUCUGAAAACGGGAAAUGGCCUAAGCAAGGUGUUGAAGCUAUCCACUGAGAACCGUCCUGAGGUGUGCAGCAGUCCUGAGGUGUGCAUCAGAGUGCCUGAGGUGUUCAGUGGAGGACCCGAGGUAUGCAGUGGAGUGCCUGACAUGUGCAGUGGAGUGCCUGAAGUGUUCAAUGGAGGUCCUGAGGUGUGCAGGGGAAGUCCUGAGGUGUUCAGUGAGGUGCCUGAGGCACCAAACGCAGUGGAAGAGGUGUCCAGUGACAAAAAGAAGACAGCGGCUGCUGAAAACCUUCUGAACACUGGAAAUGGCCUCAGCAAGGUGAUGCAGCUAUCUACUGAGAGCUGUCCUGAGGUGAGCAGCGGAGUGACCGAGGCGUUGAACUCAGUGGCAAAGGUGUCCAGCGAAACAAAGAAGCGGAAGAAAAAUGGCGUUCUGCGAUUCUUCCGACGUGUGUUGAAGUUCUUCACAUGCACCAUCAGCCUCCCCAAAGAGGAGUGACUCAAGCACAAACACACACACACACAACUCUGGGCCACACUCUGCAUCUGAAUUUCUCCACCAUCUCCACCUUUCCUUUGAACUGCCUAUUUUUAAUAAUAAAAAUAAAGGGGAUCUGAACCCCAACAAAAA